GUAAUUUUUGUUUAAAUGGGAGGCAAAUCAUCAUUCUACUCACAUUAAAGGAAUUUUUCAGAAAAUUCAAAGAUCAAAAUUUCGUUGGUUACCGGUUGCCGUUAAACAUUUAUAAUGGAAUUCUGACGGCAACUAUUCCUUUCUUAUCGACUGCGACACCCUUCCUUAUCGGUCACUGUACGCAUGCGUAGAUAUUAUUCGGAUGCUGAAAUUGGGCGCAUUUCAAAAUUUUUAAACACGCACAUACGUUACGAACAUCUUUUUUAAUUCGCAUAUAGUAAAGGUAAUAAUAGCAUUUAGUAUUAUCAUAUAAUAUUAUCUAGUAAUACGCAUAAUUUUCAACUCAAUGAAAGAAAAGAAGAUUAGAAUUGUUGAGUGGUCUAAUGCGUGGAAAUCUGUGAAUAAUCAAAGUUGUUUAAGAACGAAAGUUUUUUAAAGAACGAUCUCGAACUAAGUAAAUAGAAGCUAUUGGUAAAUGUCGUAUUUUAAUCUUCAUUUCUUUUCAAAAUAUUCUAUUCUCAAAGAUGUUAUUCUGAAACAUCUUUAAAUCCGAUAAUAAAGUUGUAGGAUAUUAAGUAACAGAUCGUAAGAUCGGGAGAUUGUUAUUGAUGCUUUUCUUUUGUUGAUUGCUAGUAGAGGGAGACAAAGGCGUGCAAAUAACUUCUUUGUUGUAGCGUGAACGUGAUUCAGUAUUAAAAUGGAAGCGUCAAUUAUUGCUACUACUAAUGUGACGAAUAUCGCAGAUUGUGUGUUAGAAUUGGUAUAUUACUAUUUAAACAAAUAUAAAGGAUCACUUAUCUUUUGUCUUUGGCAUUUUUAUAAAUUUCCUCAACAGGUGUCAAAUUCAUUAUCUGCCAACGCUACAGCAAUUGCAAUACGAUUUCACAUUGAACAACGUAAAAUUCAAGUUAUAGACAAUGGUAUAGGAAUACCGAAAAUACGAUUAAAUGUGAUGGCAGAAUACAAUAAUGAAAAUUCUUUAAAUUAUUCGAAUAUAUACGAUUUAUGCAGCUGGAGAAAGCAUACGAUUAUUAACAUUCGUAGAUUGUCUAAUGCUAUGAUAAUAACAUCUAGAUAUUAUUUGUCACGUAAAACAUAUAUGAAGAUUUUCAAAGUAAACCAUGAACCAAGAAUUAUUAAAAUUGAAAGAAGACCUUCUCACGGUACUACAGUAAGCAUUCAUGGAUUCCAUGAGUUAUCCUUAAAUAAGUGGAAUAUAACUUUCAUGUAUCAUUUGAUUGGAAACAUUGCCAUAGCCAAUCCUCAGACUUCAUUCACCAUAAGAGAUGAUCAUCAAAAGAAAAUGAACAUGAUAAUCACUAAGCCACACAAUCCAAUAUAUAUUUUUAAGUCAUUAUAUAGUCUAGAAGUGUUAUUUCAUAAAAUAUGGUAUAUAAGAUGUAUGAAGAAGCCUAAUAUCAAAUACUGUGCAUACAUUGGGUUAGCUGAUUCUAAAGAUACAGCUUCUCAAUAUAUUUUUCUAAAUAAUAAACUUGUUCAUUGUCCCUUAAUCUUAAAAAUAAUUUCAACUACUUUCAUUAAUACAUUAAAGUUCUUCGAAAGACAACAUUAUGAACAUAUAACAAAGAAAGAGGCAGUUUUCAUUUUAUUAUUUCUAGUGUGUAAUAAUUAUACUUUUACUAUUGAGAAUAAGAAGAGAACUUUAAUAUUUUCUAAUAUACAAGAUUUAAUGGAAUGUAUUAGAAGCAAAAUAUUACAUAUUUUUACAAGAGAUAUUAAACCUUUAUGUGAAGAAGAAUUUAGAAAAGGUAAUGAAACACGGUUGACUGCAGAAGAUUUAGUUACACCUGUUUCGCAAACUGAUAAUCUUAACAAAAACAGUAUGCAGUUAACUCUUUCUGAAUGGUCUAAUUGGUCUUAUCCUAAGAAUUGGAAACAACUAGAAAAUGAUUCGCUAAAAUUCUAUAAGCAUUUUGAUUUCCUGCCAGAAAAAUUGCAUAAAUUACUACGUGGAAACACAAAAUUGAUAAAAACAGACAUUUUAAAUGAAUAUAACGGAAGUGUAUGUUCAAUCAAAUUGAAAUCUGGAUUGCAGAGUAAACAUCUUUAAUCUAAUCAGAGAAUCAUAGUAUGAAUUUAUUUAUAAUACAUUUCCCUAUAAGUUCCAGAUGUAUUGCCUCAUCAAGAACUUGACAUUCGUCCAUGUAAAACUGUCCAGCGAUUUCGUGAA